CUCAGUGGGAUUAUGACCUUCAUUUUCUGCAUUGAACAGAGAUCCUGAGCGAGAAGUAUAAUAGAGGUGGAUAAGAAGUACCUGUAAUAUGACUAGGUUCAGUUAGUUUAUUUGUGUAACGUUUAUAUCAUACGAACUCUGUAUUCCACCCCAAGAAACAUGGUAUCUGGUCGAACGAGAAGCGAAGCUUUUUAAUACCGAUCUUUUGGGAUUCAAAAAAGAUUAUCGUGGAUAAAUUCUGGCUUUGCCACAGAUUUGACAUACUGACAGGAGUGGAAUGAUUGAGCAUCUGAUCAAAUAUAUCAAGAAAAAUGAUUAGAGAAACCAGAACAUUUCUUAUUUUUUUCUUAAUCACCGUAAGUCUCUCGGCUGUCCUGACAUCUGUAGCUUCAUCACCGGAGUUGAACCGUACGCUCGAUGGCACCGGCAUGGAGUCUGGAUCGGUUCCUGUUGUUAUUUCAAGGAUCACUCAAAUCAUAGCCAGAGAAGGAAACAAUGUCGUCAUAGACUGUAACGUUACCGGGGACCCCUUGCCACAUUUUCAGUGGUACAACUCGAACCGUAAAUUGUUGCACAUGGAUGAAGACGGAAAAUGGUUGAUUUUAGACAGUGGAGUGCUGAAUCUCACCAGUAUCACAUUCGACGACCGUGGCAAAUACACUUGCAUGGCUGCAAACAUCCAUGGCAGCGUGAACUACACAGUGACUCUGCGAGUGGUGUUCUCCAAAGGGGACAUGGGAAUCUACUACGUGGUGGUCUGCCUUGUAGCCUUCACCAUUGUCAUGAUUCUCAACAUCACCCGCCUGUGCAUGAUGAGCAGCCACCUGAAGAAGACCGAGAAAGCCAUCAACGAUUUCUUCCGAACUGAGGGUGCUGAGAAGCUCCAGAAGGCCUUUGAGAUCGCAAAGCGGAUUCCAAUCAUCACCUCAGCCAAGACCUUGGAGCUAGCCAAGGUGACGCAGUUCAAGACAAUGGAGUUUGCCCGCUACAUCGAGGAGCUGGCCAGGAGCAUCCCGCUGCCACCUCUCAUCAUGAACUGCAGGACCUUCAUGGAGGAGAUUCUGGAGGUGGUGGGCAUUGAAGACCAGCGUCACACCUUUGUCAAGCAGGCUCAGGAGGGAGAGGAUGAAGGUGGCAGGGGUGGUGGGGCGGAUGUUUACACCAUCCCUAAUGCUUUAAAACGCAGCGAUUCUCCUGCUGGGGACUCGGAUGAUGGUUCAUUGCAUGAACACCCGCAGCACAUCGCCAUCAAGGUGUCGGUGCACCCGUUGUCUGCCAAGGACAGCAUGUCUGAGAACUGCCUACAGAUGGACACCACAGAAGAUGAGACAGUACCAGGACCGGAGCCGGAACUGCCUACUGCUGAGUUAAAGCCAUCUGAGACGGAAACAGAAACGGAAACAGAAAUAAAUAGCCACGUAAUUUCCAAAAGCCAUGUAUAAUAUUUGAAAUCGAUAACAAAUAUCUAUGCAUUUACAAAAAUGUAAGGCAAAAACAGAUGGGGUUUUUCUAAAAGCCUGAGUAUGCUUUCCCUGCCCUUUAGGCUUGUAUGGUGAAUGUUAUAUAUAGAACUAUUUUAUUUCAAACAACAAAGCAUGUAAGUGUAUUUAUUGUGUUAUUUUCAACUGCCCAAAACUCACAAUUUUAAUUUUAUGUUUUUGCUUCGUGUAGCUAUUGCUUCAUGCUUUCAGAAUGAAUGACAUUUCUGUUUCCUUUCGUAUUUAAUUCAUUUUUUAGAGAACAGCUAUCCCGAACAUGUGUAGGAAAGCUGCUAGAGAGGUUUUACUAGAGCUGUAGUCUAGAGAUAAGUAACCUUUCCUUCAGGAACUUUCAUCUACUCUCUCUUUCUCUCUCUUUUGCAUUAUGUCUGGUUGAAGAUUCAUUGUUUGUAGAUAAUGCCCUUGAAGCAGCACUGUGAUAGUCAAAUAAAGUUACGUUUAUCAGUA